CAGCGCUCUGAAAGUCACCCUGCAUAAACGAGCCUAAUGUGACCGGGGGUGACAAACCUGAGGAAGUUUGCAGGAUUUCGCUCAGCUCCGAAAAUCUGAUAUGUAAAAAAAAAUUUUUUUUAAAUCUGAGCGCAGGAAGAGAGAGAGGGAGAGAGAGGGCAGCUGGAUUCAAAGUGACUUUUGAAGUGACAGUCGACCCAAACACGAGAAGACAGACAUCCUGCGUGUGAAUGUGCCAGCGUGUCCGCGUCUGCCCGAGCAUCCAACGAGGAGGACCGAGACCGAGAGGGAGAGCAGCACCAGCAGUCUGUCAAGGCUCCUCUCCUUCCAAGUUUGGCAUUUCCAGCGGGCUUCACGGGGGGACUUCCGAUCUGAAGCUGCGAUGGAGCUUCGGAAAAGCAAUGGACCUGUAUUGGUUGGAGUUUACCUGUGGGCGACGUUUUACUAUCAAGCUUGUCACUGUGGCGUGUACCAGAGGAAACUGUACCACGAACUGAUGCUAAACUACAACCGUCUGGAGAGACCAGUCCAAAACGACUCUGCCCCUAUUCUUGUGGAACUUGGCCUGACAUUGCUACAGAUUAUUGACGUGGAUGAAAAGAACCAAGUGUUGAUCACAAACGCAUGGCUACAACUGCAUUGGACAGAUAUUUAUCUGUCCUGGAACCCAGAGAACUACCCCGGGGUUCAGAAUCUUCGCUUUCCCUCCAACCUGGUUUGGGUUCCAGAUAUCCUCCUCUACAACAGUGCCGAUGAGAGAUUUGAUGCCACGUUUCAUACAAAUGUGCUGGUUAAUGCAUCGGGAGCCUGCCAAUACAUCCCACCAGGUAUCCUGAAGAGUACAUGCUAUAUUGAUGUCCGGUGGUUCCCAUUUGAUAUCCAGAAGUGUGACCUGAAGUUUGGCUCUUGGACCCACAACGGCUGGCUCCUGGAUCUUCAGAUGAUGGAUGUGGACAUUUCUACAUACAUACCCAAUGGAGAGUGGGACCUCGUAGGUGUGCCUGGAAAACGCAACGAGUUGUACUAUGAGUGCUGCAAGGAGCCCUACCCUGAUGUGACGUUCACUGUCACUAUGCGACGCAGGACUUUGUACUACGGCCUCAACCUGCUCAUCCCCUGUGUGCUGAUUUCUGGAUUGGCCCUUUUGGUUUUUCUGCUUCCCGCUGACUCUGGAGAAAAGAUCUCACUGGGUAUUACUGUGCUGCUUUCUCUAACGGUGUUCAUGCUGCUUGUUGCAGAGAUCAUGCCUGCCACUUCAGACUCUGUUCCUCUAAUUGCACAGUACUUUGCCAGCACCAUGAUGAUUGUGGGCUUGUCUGUGGUGGUAACAGUCCUGGUUCUUCAAUUCCACCACCAUGAUCCCAGAGGGGGGAAAAUGCCUAAAUGGAUCCGUGUGAUUCUACUGAACUGGUGCGCUUGGUUCCUCCGCAUGAAGAAGCCCGGGGAAGAAAAUAAACCAGCAGUGAGCUCCAGUAACCCUCCAACGUACAAAUACUCUCACUCUCCUCCGCACCACACCAGCACCACCAGCAUCCAGAUGAGCACCAUACCAGGGCAGGUCCAGUCGACCACAACCAACGGCAACAUGAACCUGUACUUCGGCUACCACUCCACAGGAACAGACAACCCCGCCUUCCCACCGAGCACCGACUCAGGCCUAGUGACAUGUGGCAUUGGCGGUGAAGGAGGCGGAGGAAACCACCUGAGUGGCUCCUCCCAGCCUGACAUCCAAUCGGACCACACACGGACAAUGCUGUUAGAGCAGAUCCCGGAAAUCUCCCUCAUCCUGGAGGAAGUGCAGUACAUCGCCAGGCGCUUUCGAGACCAGGACAAGGGGGAGGAAAUCUGCAGUGAGUGGAAGUUUGCCGCCGCUGUGGUGGAUCGCUUAUGCUUGGUGGCCUUCUCGCUGUUCUCCAUCAUCUGCACCUUCACUAUACUCAUGUCAGCUCCAAAUUUCAUUGAGGCUGUGUCAAAAGACUUUACAUAAAGCUAAUUUCUUGCCACUCUGAGAAGGAGAAGGAAAAUUGCUUCAGAAAGUAUCCCAAACAUGUUGGUGUCUAUACUACACAAAGAUCCUGAACUACUUCUAGUUAAAGCCUCACAAGCUGACACACUGUACAUAAGACCUUAUUGUGUCGUUGCACUUUUCUUUGCAUUUGUUCAAUAUCUUUUUUCUCUUUGAGGUGGCUUUCCUAACAUCAUGCAAAUAGUAGGAUGUUUAUGCUAUUGUUAAUGGUGUAGAAACUCACUUUGAUGCACUUUUCACAUUUAUCCCCAACACUCCACCUCAUUUACCUGCCACCGCUGUGACGUCACGUCUUAUCAGAGUAGCCUCCUCACAAUCCUUCACUUUUCUGUUUUCCCUCACGUCCCUCUGUUACAUUUUUAGAUGCACAAGACAAUGCUGUUCCAUUUGUUGAGAACGGAUUAUUAUUUUUUUGCUGUUUGUUCUGUAAAUUAGGUCAGAUAUUAUGGAUAUAUGUAUUUUUUUAUUAAGUGGAAUUCUUAUGCACAUUUUAAUGAUCCAAGUUAAAUUAGAAUCCGUUCAUAUCUGACUUUUGGGAGUACAAUACAGUUGUGAACCCACUUGAGAUGGAUUCUGAAAAGACCCAUUAAAACCCCAGUAGGAGGUUGUCUGGACUUUACUGGGGCAAACUGACUCAAUUCAUACAGUGAAACUCAGAGGAUUGCUGACCACAUGGAUGCCUGAGUGAAAUGGUUACUAGAGUAACUGAACCAGAGUAUAUGAUGUUACAGAAAAAUAAGCAGUUGAUGCCCUGUUUCUUGCUCGAUAAUAUUUACACAUUUUUAUUUGCAGUUAGUGGGUUUUUUUCUGAUUUGAUAACACAAGAUGCACUUUAAUUCCAGGUGUCAUUUCUAGCUACUCUGUUCUCAGCAGAACCAGCCAGGAUAUUUGAUAUUACCAGGUCCGGACAGCGCCCGAGUCUUUCUUGACUAGCACAUCAGCACUGCUGCAAGUUCAUUUAAGAACCCUGAAAUUACUUCCAACCUCUCUCCCGUAUCACUGCUGGAUUUUUAAUUUCUCCAUUUGCAUUUCUAGUCCGUCUCAUUUCUUCUUCAAGUAUUAAUCUUUUGUGUCGCUCUUUCUGCAGCUCAAUCCAAGGUUCUGUUUCCACAAAUGUAAUGAGAAUAAUUUUAUCAGUGUGGAUAAAAGUCAUACUUAAUUGUGACUUUGCAGUUUUUCAGAUUGUGAAAAUAUUUCUUUUUCAAUACAUCAUCCAAUUACUGACUAUUUUUAGUGUGAUUAGCUGAAUCACUUGGUUAGUGACUUACGUAUCUCAGUAAGCAUAUCCUCUGAAGGUUGAAGUGUUUGUCGCAGACUGUGUUAUAUUUUGCCAUAUGCUGUCAAAAACUCAUGAUAUAAAAGAAACAACUUUUGACUAAGACAAGAUUUUAAAUGAGUUUUGAGGAAAGGUCAAUCCCGUUGACAUCACAUUUGGCCUAAAUCUUUUGUUACUAAAAAAAAAAAAAAAAAAAAAAAAGCAAAAGACAAAACUCUUUGCUAAUCUCUUGCAAUAACAUGCAACACGGAUUACCGGGUGACUGAUGUAGAAGAUUUGGGGUAAAUCCGAUUUUUAUUUAUUUAUUUUUUUUUUUUUAUUCCUCAAUUGCCCUCUCUGAUCCUGAGUGGCGUAAAACAAAUAUAUUCCAGCUUGUCAUGCACAAAGGUGAACCUUAGAUGUGGGAUUUUACCAUGACUGGAGAUGUAAGCGACACUGAUGAGGAACAAAAACAUCAUGACCCAGCACAACUGCUGCAACAGUAGAUUAAGGACCAUUACAUUAAAUCAAUGGACCAAGAGCAGACAAGGCCUUGCAACCAGAUGAUUAACAUUUAUGCUUUUUUGGAAUUGCAAGUGUGCUGUCCUCUCUGCCAAUAAUGCACACACUGGAAAUGUGGAGACAUGUACAUAGAGCGUUGUCGACGACCACGUUUCAUUUUUGAUGUGACUUUGAAAAACGAUGAAGCCUAUUGAGAAAACACUUUAAAUUUUUUUCUGGAAAUUCAAAUAUUAAAAUCUUUUAAAGGUAAUUUAGGUCAGAAUAACUCAGACUACAAGCAACCAGCACAGGUUUUGUUUCUCACUGCCAGUUUAAUGACAUUAUAAGCAGGGUAGUUGUUGAGACAUUAACUUUGGCUUUGGAAUAUCUUUUUGCAACAAAAGCAUAGAUUUCAUCCAGAGCUGAAGUUAAUCUUCAGCAUGAAGGAAGGCUUUAGCUAAAAUAAAUGGUAAAAGUUUGAUAUUUGAGACAGAAAAUGCUGAACUGCCCCAAGGAGGAUGAUAUUAUUUAAUUGUAUUUUCAACCAGAAUUACAUGUUCAUUUUGUGUUUUUAUUUGUAGUCGGCGCCUCUUAUCAGUAUGCAUAAUUCUCCUUAAAAGAUGUUCACAAGACCUCACUGUACAUCCCUCUUUUAUGAGAAAUAAACAAAAACUGACAAAA